CUGAUCGGGGACAUUCUGAGCCGCUUCGAGCACGCGGGCCUCAAGGUAGUGGCCGCGAAGCUGACCCGGUUGGACAAGCAGCGGGCGGAGUCUUUCUACGAAGUGCACCGGGAGCGGCCGUUCUUCAACAGCCUGACCGACUACAUCUCCACGGGCCCGAUAUUCGUGUCGGUCCUGGAAGGUGACGGAGCCAUCGCCAAGAACCGGGAGAUCAUGGGCGCCACCGACCCCGCCAAGGCGGCUCCAGGGAACGAUCCGGAAGGAUUGGGGCACCAACGUGGAGGAGAACGCCGCGCACGGGUCCGACGCCCCCGAGACCGCGGCCGCGGAGAUCGCAUUCUUCUUCACCGCCGGCGAGAUCCAGUCGUCCGGGUCGUAGGCCGCCGCCGAUCAAUCGGUAUGGCGUCCUUCGACUCGCUUGUCCUGAGCUUGUCGAAGGGCUCAGGACGAACGUUGCCGGGAUCAACUUGCCGUUCGUCCUGA